AAUUCUUCAAAAAAUCCCUAAUUUCUUCUUCUUUCUUCUCUAUCUGAUCGAUUUCUAUGAGUUGAUUCAUUUCCUUGAUUGAUCUCAUCUUUUAGCUUCUUCCAGACGCUGCCGAUUCAUUUACCUAGUUUGCUUUUUAUGCAAUCGGCGGAUUCACAUACGAAAUUCGUUUAGUACUGAUAUUGAGCUGAAAAAAUGGCAGCAAUGGAUCUAUUCGAGGCAUACUUUCAAAGAGCCGACCUGGAUCGGGAUGGAAGGAUCAGUGGAAAUGAAGCUGUUGCAUUCUUUCAGGGAUCCGGCUUGUCUAAACCAGUUCUUGCUCAGAUAUGGAUGAAUGCUGAUCAGAGACAGAGCGGUUUCCUUGGUCGUGCUGAAUUUUAUAAUGCUCUCAAGCUUGUUACUGUUGCUCAGAGUAAACGUGAAUUAACUCCAGACAUGGUAAAAGCAGCGCUCUAUGGCCCUGCUUCGGCUAAGAUCCCUCCUCCACAAAUCAAUCUUGCAGCUCUUGCAGCGCCUCAACCAAAUGCAAUGCCUGCAGCGCCUCAACCAAAUGCAAUGCCUGCAGCGCCUCAACCAAAUGCAAUGCUUGCAGCACCUGUACCACAGAUAGGUGCUGUUACACGACCAACAACACCAAAUCUUGGCUUCAGGGGACAGGCACCCCAAAUUACAGGUAUGAAUCAGCAAUAUUUUCCUUCGCAAGGGAACCAAACAACUAGGCCACCUCUGGUAUCUUCUGCUGUCAGUGCCCCCCAACCUUCACAGGUUGGAAUUCCUGAUUUUCCCAGAGGAGGUAACCCAGCAGCAGUUGGAUUUCCAAAUUCAAAUGUUUCUGGUGGAUGGUUGGGUGGAAAUACCAGUGGAAUGCCAUCUGGUGUAUCUCUGACCCCUGAUCUGGGAAUGACUAGGCCAACUGCUUCAGCUACAGCUAAACCACUGGAUUCCCUGUCAGCAGCUCCAUUUUCUGCAACCAAGCCUUCACAAGCACGUCCCAGCUCUAUGAACAUGGCUUUGGAUCCAAGUUUUGGUGGUGACGUGUUUUCUGCUUCCCAAUCUUUGUCAAAGAAUAACCCUUUGGCACUUGUGCCUUCUAUGAGCAGUGCAUCUGCCCCAGUUAACCCCUUACCUGUAGCCAACGUAUCACAGUCAUCAUCUAAGGCAGACCCAUUUCAGUCUUUACAAAGUGGUUUUUCCCGGCCAUUAACAGGGGGACUGCAGCAAGUCCAAUCAAUACCUAAACAAAUCCAACCGGUUCCAUCUCAAAACUUCACCUCUCACCCACCAUCUGCAGUACCUACUGGGCCUGGAAACUCUGCUUUGAAUCAACCGCAGAUUCAGUGGCCGAAAAUGACAUCAGCUGGUGUCCAGAAGUACAUGAAGGUGUUUGUUGAAGUAGACACAGACAGAGAUGGUAAAAUUACUGGUGAGCAGGCCCGCAGCCUGUUCCUCAGUUGGAGACUUCCAAGAGAGAUCUUGAGGCAGGUCUGGGAUUUGUCAGAUCAAGACAAUGAUAGUAUGCUUUCUUUGAGGGAAUUUUGUAUAGCCCUCUAUCUAUUGGAGCGCUUCAGAGAAGGCCGGCCGCUUCCACCAACACUUCCAAGCAAUGUAUUGCUUGAUGAGACUCUUUUAUCGCUUACAGGCCAGCCUACUGCUUAUGGAGGUUCAUCCUGGGGUGCAACUGCUGGUUUUAGGCCACAACAAGGGAUACCUGGUUCUCAGCCAAUGGCACCAGCUGCUGGUCCUAGACCUCCAAUUCCUGCAACUGUACCCCACAAUGAUCGAAAUAUUCAAUUUAAUCAAGAAAAGUCAUUGAUUGCCAAUUCUAAUAUGGAACAAAGGAGUAACGGGGAACCAAAUUCUGCAGAUCCUAUGUUUCAGGAGAUGGCAGAGCCAGUGAAAAAGAUUGAAGACAAGGAUAAACUUAUUCUGGACUCAAAAGAGAAGCUUGAAUUCUACAGAACAAAAAUGCAGGACCUGGUUUUGUAUAAAAGUCGGUGUGAUAACAGACUUAAUGAGAUCACAGAAAGGGCAAUUGCAGAUAAGCGUGAGUCUGAAUUACUUGGGAAGAAGUAUGAAGAAAAAUACAAGCAGGUUGCAGAAGGUGCCUCAAAAUUGACUAUAGAAGAGGCUACUUUCCGUGAUAUUCAGGAGAGAAAGACUGAACUAAGUCAGGCAAUUAUUAAAGUUGAACAAGGUGGUAGUGUAGAUGGGCUUCUUCAGGUUCGUGCUGAUCGCAUACAAUCAGAACUUGAGGAGCUUGUGAAGGCUUUAACUGAACGAUGCAAAAAACAUGGAAUAGAUGUGAAAUCAUCGGCAGUUAUUGAACUUCCUACUGGCUGGCAACCUGGGAUUCCUGAGGUAGCAGCUGUUUGGGAUGAAGAUUGGGAUAAGUUUGAAGAUGAAGGAUUUUUGCAUGAUGUUUCUGUACCAACCAAAGAAAGUUCGGCUUCUUUAGAAAAAGAAAAUUAUUCUCCAAAUGGAAGUUUGUCUUCUGAGUCAUUGUCACGUGUAGACGGUGCUUCAGAUAAACAUUUUGUCAAAGGUGAUAAUUCGAUUCAGGGUGAAUCUGCCUAUGCUCAUAGUGACAAUGAAUCAGGGAAAAGUCCAUCUGGGAGUCCAAUCGGGCAAACAGCAUUCGACAGUCCAUAUCGGGACUAUUCUGAUGAUCAUUUCAAAAAGAGCCCCGAUGCAGAUAGAGAAGCCCAUAGUGGAGGAGGCUUCGAUGAGCAAAUGUGGGGUAGUUUCGACAAUAAUGAUGAUAUUGAUUCAGUGUGGGGCUUCAACACGGAUAACACUAAGGGAUCGGGUUUCGGAAACCACGGAGAGAAACAGUUUGAUUCUAGUCCAAAAGGAGGAUCAUCCUCUCCACAUACAGAAAACGCUUUUCGCAACAAAAGCUUAUUCAACUUUGAGGAUUCUGUUCCGAAUUCUCCACUCUCUCGUGCUGGUAACUCUCCAUCGAGAUUCAGUGUUGGAUCAACCGACCAUUUCUUCGACAACAACAGAUUUGACUCGUUUAAUGAUCAUGGAUUUUCUUCAUCUUCAAGGCCUGAGACUUUGUCUAGAUUCGAUUCAGUCAAUAGUUCUCAUGGGAAUUUCGAUAUUGGUCAAGAUUCUCGGUCAGGCUUUGAUCAUAAUCAAGGAACUCUUUCAAGGUUCGAUUCUAUCAAUAGUACUAAAGGGUAUGAUCACAGUCGGGGGUUUUCAUUUGAUGAUUCGGAUCCGUUUGGUUCUAGUGGCCCGUUUAAGGUAUCGUCGGAGAAUGAAACUCCUAAGAAGAGUAGGUCCGACAAUUGGAAUGCUUUUUGAAAAUCGUUUUUUUUUUCUGUACACUGUUGUUUGUUAUAUCAUGAAGAGAAUGACAUGUUGCAAAAGACUUCUUUUUUAUAUUUUUUUUAUCACUUUGUAAUUUCUGUUAUGAGUGAAUUUGUAUUUUUUUUUUUUUGUUCUUAUAUGUUUAUUUUUAACUAUAAAAAUUUGGUGUGAUUGGUUUAUCAUUCUUCUUUCAGACAGAUGAAAACAACAUUAUUGGGAUUGAAUAUAUUCUCAACAUUUUAA